AGAAAUGCAAAAUAAAAGAUGACAGACACAGUAGGAUUUAUACCAUUACCCAAAAGUACAGCUAACGAUGCAAGCUCUGAGAGUCCGGUGCUGGUCCUAAAUGCUUUUGCUCCACGCACUAUCGUUGAUUUCGGAGAUGUGAAAGCGGGGAAAACGAAAAUCGCAUGUUUCACAUUAGUAAAUCCGCACGCAGAGGAUGCAAUGAUAACAACAGUCAAAUUCCCGACCACUAAGACAUUAGUGCUACACGGUUACUCGACGGAGGAGAGCAAGAAUCGAGCUUACAAAAUACCGCCAAAUUCGUGUAUUGACGUCAGGGUUGCCUGGACACCACAAUAUGCCACCGCUGAUACAUGGGGAAUGAGACAGACAAUUGAGCUGGGAUGGGAUCGAAAAAGAUUUGUCAUUUUGCUCGUUGGAUUCGUUAUGGACGGCAAGAAAAAGAAAGCAGUUAAGAACUUAAACAGAGGAAAGAAACCUGAAAAACCACUCGAUUUGUCGAUGGGACGAGACGAAAACGACGUCAAUCUGCGUUUUAAAGGAGUUGUCAAUCACACAGCAAAGAAUACAAAAUCUAGUGUUCCAGAUGUGAGACCGAGCAAAAUCUUGGGUGAGAACCAGAAAAGUAAUAUUAAAGCUGGAACGAGGACUGAGACCGGUAAAAGGAAACUCCCGAAGAAAAACAAACCUCUAGCCCUAGAUUUGAAGUCACCAAUGGAAAUGGACGAUGUGAAGAGUGAUGAUCUUCUGCCCACUCCUCUUAGAACUGAGUUUGGGAAAGAGAGCCCUUUCGCUUGCAUGGACACACCAAAUUUCAUCGACACACCGGUUGAAGAGCAGCCUAAUCGUCGAGUAACCGCCUUGAAGGUGGAGACGACACCAACCGCAUCUUCACUCGGGGACUUCGACAGUCCCUUCCAGGACCUUCUCACCCCGUUCACUCCCACUCCUCUCCCUGGCAUCCAGCAGACACCGGCUGAUAUAGUGCCCAAUGUAGCACCAACCCCUGUCCAGUCCAUGGUGAAACAGGAAUGUGUUAGUAGCGGUAGUGGAGAGGGGAGCACUGGAACCCCCGGGCGCAAGCGCAGAACUUGGGGUGCGCCUGACCAAAACCCGCUCUUCACAACACCCAACGUCAUGACCAGGGCCAUGAUGAAGAAGAUAGGAGAAGAGAGUAGUUGCCAGCAGACCUUUAUGGAAUGUCACACUGUAGCGCAGACCUUCAUGGAAUGUCACACGAUAAACCCAGUAGACAGCAUGUUAGAGAACGCCUCCCCACCCCGGGAUAGGGAGUGCGAUAAUCCGCUCAGUCCUGGACCCACCCCUUUCACCCCUCCUAAUAUAACCCUGGCGGAGAAGAAGCCAGCUCAGGGCGCUGCCCGACCUGUCCCCAACUUAAACAUUACUCCUGAGGAUAUCGGCAGGACUUCAGGUCCUCUCACUGCAACUCCUCUUCACCCGUCGAUGGUAUUGAUAAUGGAGAGAAAGGACGAUAAUCUGCCCUGUUUUGACACCAGUAUUAUACCACACCCCUCACCUGCAAAGACGGAUCAUUCUCAGGAUAGGAAGAAGUCCGAAGCGUUUGUUAUUCCUGCAAUAGAAACAACCAGCUCAACAGUAAAUCUGAGCGAUGAAGAAGUUGUUGUUUCAACACCAUUAACUAGGUCUGGUGGGAAGGGAUCAGCGGAGUUGAGGAAAAAACCAGCAAUCCUUAAACCAGCCCUCAAAAGAGCAGCUAAAACAAAAGCUGGUCCGGUGAUAAUCAAGACACGUGAAACUCGCCCAAAAACAGCUCCAGGACUGGCUAGACGUGAAGGUCUGAGAAAGAACAUGACCCAAGACAAUGCUAGAGUAUCAAGAGAGCCAACAAGACACCCAGCUAAGAGGAGGUCUGUAAGUGCGGGCAGGGUCGAGUCUACACCCAAGGCUGCUUACGAUGUGAACGUUAGGCCUCCUAAACGAAAAGAUCUAGUAACCCCGACCAUGGGGCCGCCCCGAUCUCCUGGAAAGCGACCACGCCCCCUCCAGCGUGUGGUAUCUGUUGAUGAGAGCUACAGGGAGAAACGGCACAGAAGCUGUGAUGUUGCGCUGGCUCCUAAAACUCCAGGAAAUAGAGUAUCUGUAAGAAGGAGCAUGGCUCCUGCAACUGGAAAACGGGUCAAGAUGAGCAAUAGCAGACAGAGUGCUGCGAUGCCUCGUCAUCCCUUGGCGUUAUCCUCUGCUAAGAACAUAUACUUUGACGAGAAGUGGAAGAUGAAGCAAGAGCGUGCAUUUACAGUGUGGAUGAAUUUCUACUUAGCUCCCCCUCAAGGGAAUAUCCCACCAGAGUACCAAAACACCAGAGAAAUUACGAAGAAUGCAGCUCGCAAGGCUAGGAAAUCUAUGGCUCCUCCUGACAACGCUACUAUUCUGGCGAGGUUACAAGCUGAGAGGAAACUGUUACACGCUGAACGUCGUGCUAGCGCCAUGUUUCAGUCGCCAAAAAUGGUGGAAGUGCUGCUGAAAUUGGAGAAAGAGAUAAACGAGGGUGGUCUUACAAUCAGACACGAUCGAAAACUGGACGCAGAUCUGGGUUUGAAAGAUCAGCUGAUAGAUUUGCUGCUGUGCUAUAAUCCAGUAUGGUUGAGACUGGGUCUUGAAGUGCUGUACGAGGAAAUACUGCCUCUCUCCGAACACCGGGAUUUGCCAGGAUUGGUAUCGUUCCUGAACUCUAGGUUUGUGAACAACCCGGUAAUAGCUCUCCAGUACGCUCAUUCUACAGUCCCCGGCUCCUAUGGUGCAGGUUACGAAGGGGAGCUCAGAAGAUUUACUCUUAAAAAGUUUCUAAUGUUGGUACUCCUGCUGGACAUGGCAAAGACAAACCGUGUCAUAGACUGCGAUCCUUGUCUCUUUUGUCUGAAAUCUCCUUACAAGACCAGCCGAUCUAUUCUCAUUUCCUUCUCAAAUGCCUAUCUUGGUGGAGAAGGAGACAUCACCAAACAUCUCGGUUACAUCGGGUACACAGUAAAGCACGAACAGAAGCAUAUAGAAGAGUUCGACUACCUCGUAAAGCGAAUAGAAUCGGAGCUGCGGGACGGUAUCCGCUUGACACGUCUUGUGGAGAUUAUAACAGAGACCAGUCUGACUGACAAGCUGAGAACUCCUGCCGUCAGUAGACUUCAGAAGAUGCAUAACGUGGGGCUGGUGCUGACUCAGCUUCAGGAGGAGGGCGUCAAGUUGGACAACGUUCCUGGGGGACCCAUUGUUACUAAGAGUGUUGUGGAUGGUAACCAGAACCUCACCCUGGCCCUGAUCUGGGGAAUCAUUUAUCAAUAUUCCAUCACCAAGAUAUUGGCGAUUGAUCAGCUGAAAGCAGAGGUUAAGAUCUUGAGAGAAAUACUCUCAAGGAGGAAGCAACACAACCCGUCUGCUGAAGAGAAGGAUGAUGACUAUGUUCUGGGUCUGCCUGGACGAAGACUAUCCGUGGAUGAGCGAAGUUUCUUUAACAGUGAAGUACUAGCCACACUUCUGGAUUGGUGUAAGAUAGUGUGCAGUUAUUACGAUGUUCCUGUAGACAACUUCACAGUUUCCUUCUCAGACGGCAGGGUCCUGUGUCUCCUGGUUCAUCACUACCACCCUGAGCUCCUCCCUCUCUCCCGGAUCCGCAUGCAGACCUCCCUCUCACACCAGCUAAUGGAGCUAAACGCAUCACGGGACUUUCUGUCCGACUCUCGCCUGGAUCCCGACCUUUACAGGGAUAAUGAGAAGGAGAACUUUAGGGCUCUAGCUGAUGCAAUGAAGGGUCUGAACGAAGUUCCGUACAUGAUAACCCCAGGAGAUAUGCUGGGUACAAUUCCUGAUGAGAAAGUGGUAGUCACGUUCGUAUCUUAUCUAUGUGCCGCUCUGGUGGACAUCUCGCAAGAUUUCCGUGCUGCUCAGAAGAUACAGCGAGCCUGGAGACGCCACAAUUUCUUCGAAGUCUACGAGGAGAUGAAAGAGAGGCGUCGAGCGAUCAUUAAGGUGCAGGCCUUGGCAAGAGCUCUAAUGGCAAGACGGCAGCUUGAGGAACUGAAGCUAAACAGAGAAGCUAUCAUCGCUAAAAGGAAAGAAUAUGCUGCUUCGAGGAUCCAGUUGAAAUGGAGGACCUAUACCGCUACAAAGGAUAUAAGAGCGGACUUUAUAAAGAAGCGUGGAGCUGCCAAAACUAUACAGAAAUUCUACAAGGCAAUACUAGAAGAACGUUGGAGAGAUAGAAUAGGAGCAGCUAAGCUCAUUCAGAAGACAUGGAGAUGUCAUCGAGACAGGAGCAAGUAUUUGCGUGUACAACAGUCGACCGUAAAGAUACAGUCUGCUGUCAGAAUGUAUAUAUGCCGAAGUGACUUCAUCCGUCGUAAAUCAGCAGUCGAAUGUAUCUCAAAUGUGUGGAGAUCGUACACUGCGAUGAACAAGAAUAGACAUGAUUUCCUAAACAAACGAUCAGCAGCUGUUUGUGUACAGAAAUAUCUGAGAGGUUAUCUCGCCAGAAAGAACGCUGGAAAGAUAAGAUCUGCUAUCAAGAUACAAGGACUUUAUCGUGGAUUCAAAGCUCGAAAAGAUGUUCAACUGAUGAAGAGCCAGCGAGAGUUGAUUCAAACGCAGAUCAAAUCAUCCAUAAUGAUACAGUCAGCCAUCAGAGGAUUCCUUGCCAGACGAGAUUCGAGGAAAAUAUCAGAAGCUGUUGUAAAGAUCCAGCAGCACUACAGAUCAUAUCUGAUAACUAGAUACCAUCGACAGAACUUCCUACUCAUGAGACAGUAUACUGUGUUUAUACAGAGCCGAUUCCGAGGUUACUUGGCAAGAAAAGAGUUGUCUCUUCAACAAGAAGCAGCAACCAAAAUUCAAGCUGCUUUUAGAGGCUGCUUAGCGAGAUCCCACAUUCAGCUUCAGCAUCGCUCUGCUGCUUUAAUUCAACGAGCUUUCAAAGGUUUCCUCCAAAUGAAAUCAGAUCGAGCUUUGUUCGAAGAAAUAAGGACAGCCGCAGUUAAAAUACAGGCUACAUGGAGGAUGUGCAGUCAAAAACGCAAGUACAGGGAUAUAAAAAAGACAACAGUGCAGAUACAAGCUUGGUAUAGAAUGCACAGACAAGCACAAGCGUACAAGCAUCAAAGACAAAGUUGCAUCAAAAUUCAGUGCGGAUGGAGAGGUUACCUCCAAAUGAAAUCAGAUCGAGCAUUCUUCGAAGGAAAAAGGGCAGCCGCUGUCAAAAUUCAGUCGUAUUGGAGGAUGGUUCAAGUCAUGAGAAUAGUUUCCGAACAGUGCCAAGCAGCGACACAAAUCCAGUCUAGUUGGAGGAUGUACAGUAAUCGUUCAGCAUACCUGCAGCAGAAAUACGCUGCCGUCAGGAUCCAGCGAGCGUGGAGAAGUGUUGUGGUGAGGGACCAGAUACGGGACCAGAAAGUAAGAGUGUUGAGAACAUUGCUCAUGAUACAGUCUCAUUACAGGGGCCUAGCUCUGAGAUCAGGUGUGGCCAAGCAGCAGAGAUGUGCCGUGAAACUACAGUCAUUUUACCGAGGAUAUCGGGCAAGGCAGGAGAUAGCACGCCAGCAUGAGAGUGCUGGUUUGAUACAGGCUUGUUAUCGAGGUUAUAAAGACAUGAAGUUCCUCAGAGCCCGGUUCAUUACCAUUAAACUGAGUGCUAUUGUGAUCCAAUCUCACGUCAGAUCAUAUCUCGUUAGACGGGAUAUUUCACGAGCUACUGAAGCUGCUGUUGCUGUUCAGGCUCACUACCGAGGAUAUUGUGUCAGGAAAUCGUAUCUUAAACAAAGAAACGCGGCAUGUCUCAUCCAGGAGCAUACUAGAGCGUGGAUAGAGGGUCGGAGACGGUUGGAAAACUAUCAACAAAUCCGCCGAGCGACUAUCUUGAUGCAGGCAUGUUACCGGGGGGCGUGCACACGCAGACAUCUCUACAAACAGAUCGUGAUCGCUACCAAAAUUCAGGCAACUUGGCGUAUGUACGUCACGAGAACAAGUUAUCUCACACAAAAACACGCAGCCGUUAAAAUACAGUCCACAUGGAGAAUGUACAGCCAGAAACACAAGUUUAGCUAUUUAAUAGAGAAAACAGUGCAGAUACAAGCUUGGUAUAGAAUGCACAGACAAGCACAAGCGUACAAGCACCAAAGACAAAGUUGCAUUAAAAUCCAAUGUAGUUGGAAAGGUUAUCUGGCCAGAAAACGGUAUCAGAGUACAAGGAAUGCGGUUAUAAGGAUUCAAGCUGCGGUGAGGGGACUCAGUGCUCGGAGAAUCUUGUCGGGUCUUCAAAGUCUUGAAGUUUUGAGACGUCGCCUUCUUGACCAUAAUCUCUCCAUAGCACAGGUUAGAGAUUUAGACAGAAAGCUAUCUGAAAUACUAGGGAGUUGAGGGAACACGUGUUAACAGUGCUGGGGACACAAGAUAAAGAUUCAGAUCACGUCAGCUCGACUUGAAGCAACAGAAUACAGAUGUUCACUGUUCAGUAACGCACCAGUCGACCGGUCUACAUUCUACAAUCAGGAGGCUGCAUCUUUAAAAUACUGAAAUAUGUUUUUGUAUUGGACUUUAAGACUCUUAUAAUAUAAUAAAUUUGUUUAACAUUUGUUCGCUUGGAUCUCGUAGAAAUAGAAAAUAUUUAGUCUUAGCGAAUUCUUCUUGCUUUGACAGUGAUAAAAAUCUCUAAUAUAAUAAUAUGGUUAAUAUUGCCCACGACUAAUAAUUACGUUUUCUUUAUUUGUAACCAUACUUUAUCGUUAUGGUUUGUACUACGUAACAUUCUGGAAUUCACAUUUUUUCGAUUGAAUAUUAAUAGGGUGACUGAUCAUUCUGAAUAAGAAAACAUUUUGAUGUUAAGAUAUUACAAGUUUUAGAAUCACUUGUAAUUUAACAUUUUUUAUUUUAUUCAAAGAUAGGUUAACACAUAGCUCUUCUUAAAUGACUAUUUCGCUGUUAAUUCAUUAUUCAUAAUCAUUGUGUAAUCAAUAAUGAAUACAUUUAACAUUGUUUAUUGUACAAAAUAUUAGCUCGAUAAUUAAUA